AACAAGUAAUACGUGCGGCGGGCCUGAGGCCGCAUGCCGGCCGUGACGCGGCGCCCCGCCCCUCAUCCGGCCCCGGUAAACCCCCAGCUAAGCCCCCGGCUGCCAGCGAGAAGCCCUCCCAGCCACCCAACGAUGCCACAGGCUCAGCCAGCUACGAAUGACCCCGCCUCCGGGCCGUCGCCCCCAGGCUGUGCGGGCCAAGCGGACACCUCGGUCACGCUCUUCUUCUGGAGUGAUAGCACGCGGAGCCAAUGCCAAGACAACGAGCACGAAGGGCGGGCCCAAAAGGCGAGAUGUGGGCGGGGGCUCCCGAACAGCGGACGCUGUCGAAGUGGGAGGCGCUUAGAGCAGCUCGGGAGCAGGGUCGCGCGCGCGUCUCUCCUAAACGCUCUCCAGGGUGUUUGCAGAAACAUCUGUUCGUUUCCUGCACAGCAACCCAGCUGCAAGAAACAAACCAUGUCUAUCCUCAAGAUCCAUGCCCGAGAGAUCUUUGACUCCCGUGGGAACCCCACUGUUGAGGUUGACCUCUGCACCUCAAAAGGUCUCUUCCGAGCUGCCGUGCCCAGUGGUGCCUCCACUGGCAUCUAUGAGGCCCUGGAACUCCGUGACAAUGAUAAGACUCGCUACAUGGGGAAGGGUGUCUCAAAGGCUGUUGAGCACAUCAAUAAAACUAUCGCACCUGCUCUGGUUAGCAAGAAACUGAGUGUUGUGGAACAAGAGAAGAUCGACAAACUCAUGAUUGAGAUGGACGGCACUGAAAAUAAAUCCAAAUUUGGUGCCAACGCCAUCCUGGGAGUGUCCCUGGCUGUCUGCAAAGCGGGUGCCGCAGAAAAGGGAGUACCCCUUUACCGUCACAUCGCCGACUUGGCUGGCAACCCUGAGGUCAUCCUGCCGGUUCCAGCUUUCAAUGUGAUCAACGGCGGUUCUCAUGCUGGCAACAAGCUGGCCAUGCAGGAGUUCAUGAUCCUCCCCGUGGGGGCGUCCAGUUUCCGGGAAGCCAUGCGCAUUGGGGCAGAGGUUUAUCACAACCUGAAGAAUGUCAUCAAGGAGAAAUACGGGAAGGAUGCCACCAAUGUGGGUGAUGAGGGCGGGUUCGCACCCAACAUCCUGGAGAACAAAGAAGCCCUGGAGCUGCUGAAGAACGCAAUUGGGAAGGCCGGCUACACCGACCAGGUUGUCAUCGGCAUGGACGUGGCCGCCUCCGAGUUCUUCCGGUCUGGCAAGUACGACCUGGACUUCAAAUCUCCCGAUGAUGCCAGCAGGUACAUCACACCUGACCAGCUGGCUGACCUGUAUAAGUCCUUCAUCCGGGACUAUCCAGGUGAGUGCUCCGAGGCCACUGUCCCCUUUUCUUUCCCUCUGCCAGCUGGAGUUUGUGGGUCGUUCAAUAGUCGGGUCUGGGCUGAGAAACUUCACACCAGUUCCUGCCGUGGAGAUGGGCCCGAUUUGAUCAGGGUUAAACCGAGACCCCGACAUGCUCUUCAUGCCACUCCUGUCCCCUUCUUUCUUUAUUUUAUGUGCAUUGAUGUUUUCCCUUGGGUGUUUAGUUCCAAUGGUUGGGGCGUCAUGGUGUCCCAUCGCUCUGGGGAGACUGAGGAUACUUUCAUCGCUGACCUGGUGGUGGGACUCUGCACUGGGCAGAUCAAGACUGGUGCCCCAUGCCGAUCUGAGCGCCUGGCCAAGUACAAUCAGAUCCUUAGAAUUGAGGAAGAGCUGGGCUGCAAGGCCAAGUUUGCCGGCAGGUGCUUCAGGAACCCCCUGGCCAAGUAAAGUGUGUGUGGAGAUCCCUGGAGCCACC